UAAUUCGUCAGAAAGCGUUGAUUGGCAGGCUUCCAGGGGACCAUGAAGUAUGCAAAAUAACAAAAAUUGCAGUGAUUCCACUUUCUGAAACAGAACCUCAGGAUCUGGAGCUAGAGCUCUGUAAAAAGCAUCAUUUUGGGAUAAACAAGCCAGAGAAGAUUACACAGUCUCCAGAUGACUCGAAAUUUCUCCUGAAGACCCUCACUCAAAUUAAAUCAAAUGUGUCUGCUCCAAAUAAAAAGAAGAUUAAAGAAAGUAAAGAAAAAGAAAAGCUGGAGAAGAGAUUACUGGAGGAACUGUUCAAAAUGUUCAUGGAUUCAGAUUCCUUUUACUACAGCUUGACCUAUGACCUAACAAAUUCAGUACAGAGGCAGAGCGCGUGUGAGAAAACUAAUUUGCCUCUGUGGAGAAAAGUUGAUGACAGAUUCUUUUGGAACAAGCACAUGAUUGAAGAUCUCAUCAGCACCGAUAAUGCUGAAGUGGAUUUCUGGAUUAUCCCCAUCAUACAAGGAUUUGUGCAAAUUGAAGAACUUGUAGUAAAUUAUAGCGAGGCUUCUGAUGAUGAGAAGAGCAGUCCUGAAACUCCUCAGGAAUCCGCUUGUGUCGAUGACGUUCACCCAACCUUUCUGGUGGCACUGAUCUCGCGACGGAGUCGGCACAGAGCUGGUAUGCGGUAUAAGAGAAGAGGUGUUGAUAAAAAUGGGAAUGUAGCAAACUACGUGGAGACGGAGCAGCUGAUCCACGUGCACAAUCACACUCUCUCCUUUAUCCAAACACGAGGCUCUGUGCCUGUCUUCUGGAGCCAAGUAGGAUAUAGAUAUAACCCACGGCCCCGACUGGACAAGAGUGAAAAUGAAACAGUCUCCUGUUUUCGUGCACACUUUGAAGAACAGCUGAAAAAUUACAAAAAGCAGGUUAUUAUUAACUUGGUGGAUCAGACGGGCAGAGAGAAGAUUAUUGGGGAUGCUUACCUGAAACAGGUGCUGCUGUACAACAAUGCAAACCUCACUUAUGUUUCCUUUGACUUCCAUGAGCACUGCCGAGGAAUGAAGUUUGAAAAUGUUCAGACACUGACUGAUGCCAUUCAUGAUAUUAUUCUUGAUAUGAAAUGGUGCUGGGUUGAUCAAGCUGGUGUUAUCUGUAAACAGGAAGGAAUUUUCCGGGUUAACUGCAUGGACUGUCUGGAUCGUACCAAUGUGGUGCAGGCUGCUAUUGCAAGAGUUGUCAUGGAACAGCAGCUCAAAAAACUGGGUGUGAUGCCACCGGAGCAGCCUUUGCCAGUGAAAUGCAAUCGGAUCUACCAGAUAAUCUGGGCGAAUAACGGAGAUGCCAUAAGCCGGCAGUACGCGGGCACAGCAGCCCUAAAGGGUGACUUCACAAGGACUGGGGAGAGGAAGCUGGCUGGAGUCAUGAAGGAUGGAGUAAAUUCUGCAAACAGAUACUACUUGAAUCGUUUCAGGGAUGCUUACAGGCAAGCAGUCAUAGAUUUGAUGCAGGGUAUCCCUGUAACGGAGGAUCUUUACUCCAUAUUUACAAAGGAAAAAGAACAUGAAGCCCUGCACAAGGAAAAUAUGAGAAGCCAUCAGGAACUGAUCAGCCAACUGCUGCAGAGUUACAUGAAGCUGCUUUUGCCAGAUGAUGAAAAAUUUCAUGGAGGAUGGGCUCUUAUCGACUGUGAUCCAAGCCUCAUUGAUGCCACUCACAGAGAUGUGGAUGUUCUGCUGUUGCUCUCCAAUGCUGCCUACUACGUGGCCUACUACGACGAUGAGAUUGACAAGGUGAAUCAGUACCAGAGGCUCAGCCUUGAUGCCUUGGAAAAAAUAGAGAUAGGACCUGAGCCUACUCUCUUUGGCAAACCCAAGUUCUCUUGCAUGAGGCUGCAUUACAAAUACAAAGAAACGAGUGGGUAUUUUCACACGCUUCGAGCUGUGGUACGCAGCCCUGAAGAAGAUGGAAAAGACACUCUUCAGUGCAUUGCAGAGAUGCUGCGGAUCACGAAGCAAGCGACGGGAUUAGACGUGCCCAUUAUUGAGAAGAAGCUGGAGAGGAAGAGCAGUAAAGCCCACGAAGACAUCAUUGGCAUUCGGUCCCAGAACAGAGGGUCCCUGGCCCAAGGCAAGAACUACUUGCUGAGCAAGUUUUCAUCUCUCAACCAGAAAGUUAAACAAACCAAGUCCAAUGUAAACAUGAGCAACCUCCGCAAGCUGGGCAGCUUUACCAAACCUGAAAUGAAAGUCAAUUUUUUAAAGCCCAAUUUGAAAGUGAACCUUUGGAAAUCGGACAGCAGCCUGGAAACUCUGGAGAACCCGGCGGUAGACGCUCAAGUCCAUCCCGAAUCCGACACGGAAAUAUCGGAUAACGACUCGUUCCAUUCGGACGACUUCCUGAGCGCCUCCCGCUCGGACGAGGAGCCCCCGGCGGGCGACCCCGGGGACUACGUGCUGCCCAGCUGCGGCAUCCUGGUGUCGGCCCCGCGCCUGGGCGCGCGCUCGCUGGAGCUCCCCUCCAGGCCGUCCCAGCUGGACGUGCCGGCCGCGGAGCCGCAGACCCGGCUCUUGGCCGUCGAUGGGACCUACCCUGGCAAACCCAAGAGCCCGGGCGCCGCGUGCGGGGCCCUCGAGACGGGUCUCCCCGCGACCCCCUCUCCAGCUGACGGCAGCAGCAGCAGGGCUGUCUCCCCCUUCGCUAAAAUCCGCAGCUCCAUGGUCCAGGUGGCCAACAUCACCCAGGCAGGCUUGACUCAAGGGAUUAAUUUUGCCGUGGCCAAGGUCCAGAAGAGCCCUGCGGAAGCAGAAGCUCUAAAUGAGGUCAAGCAAAAGGAACUGAGGGAAAUGUUUACGCAAUGCCAGACCCGAAUAAUUCAAAUUUAG